CACAACCGAUAGAUUACGUGGCUAGCGAACAACAAGCAUAUAUUUUCGGCAAUAUGAACCACUUUCUAAGAUUUUGCCUAUUAAUUCUGUGCAUAAAUGUGGUUCUAAUCAAUGGUUUCUUCAUUACCGUGGACCCUCAUUCGGAGGAAUGUUUCUUUGACCGUGCAGAAGCUGGAACCAAGCUAGGAUUAAUGUUCGAGACUGUCGAAGGUGGUUUUCUGGAUAUAGAAGUACGCAUUAGUGGCCCAGAUCAGAAAGUGAUCUACCAGGGGGAGAAGGAAUCGUCAGGAAAAUACACAUUCUCCGCAUAUGAAACCGGCAUCUACCAUUACUGUUUCAGCAACAAAAUGUCAACGCUCACACCAAAGGUGGUGAUGUUUUCAAUGGAAAUCGGUGAAGCACCGAAAGGUACUGUUGGAGCAGUGAACGAAGGCGAAGCCGGCCACACAAAGUUGGAAGAUAUGAUCCGUGAGCUAUCCGGCACGCUAACCAGUAUUAAGCACGAGCAAGAUUACAUGCAUGUCCGAGAUCGAAUUCAUCGGUCGAUCAACGAAAGCACCAAUUCUCGUGUAGUGAUGUGGUCGUUUUUUGAAGCAAUCGUUCUAAUCGUCAUGACCGUCGGACAGGUGUACUAUCUCAAACGAUUCUUCGAAGUGAAACGUGUGGUGUAAGGAGUAACAGAAAUAAAUUCGCGAAUAU